UCGCCUCACGGACGAAAAACGCCACGAGGCUUAUUUACGCAAUUUUAAACCUUGAUUCAUAUUAGUUUUUAGACGCUAUGUAAGCUGAUUUAGCACCUUUACCAAGUAUAUGACGCAGUCCUUUUAUUGUGAAAUCAUGAGCAUUAAAGCAGUCGCUCAUAUUCAUUUUUGAUUAAUUACCAAUUAUUUCUUUGUCUAAAUCUGCAUGUAGUUUAAGAAAAGGGAUUAUAUUUCCAUUGGAUCUUUGAACUCAGAAGAAAAUUGCAGAACCUAUCUGAAAUCAUUGGAUAAUGAACAAGAGUUUUCUAAGAUGGGGCAAUCAAAGUUACUUUCCAGGCUUUCAGCACAUGAAGCUUCUACUACACCAUCUGCAGCUGCAAAGACUUGCAAUGAAGUUCAAGAUAACUGUCUUAAGUUUCAAGAUGCAAAUGCUGCUGGGGCUGACCAACUGUUGGUGACAGAUAAUGGCAUUUCCGUUGGAGCCAUUUUACAGUCCAAAGAGGCAUUUAAAGAAUCACAGGAGGGACCGAAAGUUGCUGCAUCAAAUAAUAUUGAAGGAUUGCAUUAUGACAUUGUCAACAUGCUCCACAAUGAUGCUGAUAUGUCGGUAUCAGAUGUAAGUCAGGUUAAUUGUGUGAAGAAUGUAGAAAUGCCUUUGCCAAUUGAGGAACAGAUUGGCAGUAUUUCGGCUCCUCAGGAUUCUCUUACUUUUGCUUCAAUAGCUGACAAGAAUAAUGGACAUUCCUUUCCUGAAACUGAGACUUUUCAGCUUGAGAAUAUCACCCCUACCGAGCCAAGCUUAAAUAAAAACUCCGGUGAUGAGAUGAAGUUCCAAGCCACCAAUUCUAUGCAAGUAGAUGUUGACCCUGCGUUCAACAAUACACAUCUAGUUACUGAUUCAGAGCUACCAGAUGAGAAUCCUCAAACCCAGGAUGAAGCAAUUAAUAGAUCAGGAGAAAAAAUUGAGACCAGUAGUAAUUUGGCAGAAACCCUAAACAAUGUGAAAUCUGACCUUGAGUCAACUAGCAAUGGAGAUCCAACUGCGACCAGCUCAAGCUAUGGUGGUGCUCCUGCUGCAAGUGUCUCCGAGGGGACCCUUGAACCGGUGAGUGAUGUUUCCACUGGGAUCCGUAUAACUCGAGCCAGCACAAAUUCAAGCAAGGCCCAUAAUGGUAAUAACACAAAUUAUGUUGAGCCAAUGCAGACUGGACCUCCUGAGCCAAGCAGAGGCAGCAAACGCAAAGCCAAACAGGUUAGGCAAAAGAAAUGGAGGGGCUGAGAGAUGUGCUCAUAACCUAUAAUUUAUUGUUAUUUAUCAGUUUAGGAAGCGUAAUUUGUGCCAGUAUUCUUGUAGCUUUUCAUUUUUAGGUUAUUGAAUGAAAGAUCUCAAACAUUGUUGAGAUGGAAAUUAGUUUGUAUCUCACCGUUAUAGUUGUCCUUUUUUUAAAUUCUAUUUAUCAUACAUUAGUUUUGUGGAAAAAUAGAAUUGAGUUUGCUGUAGAAUA